UCUAUUUUUGGAAUUCCCCAGCUUCUUGUCCGCUCGUGGACUGCGACUCCGAAGAGUAAGCCAUCGCCCCCUCGAUUUGCUUUCUCUGCCAUAGCUCAAACCUUUGAGGUUUCAGUCAUUCAUUCCCAUUGAUUUCUCCCGCAUCCGGGAAACGAAGAAGAUGAGGAGAUCGUCGAGCGCCUGCAUUGUCUCGGAUAAGAGAUCAUUAGCUUCAUCAUCGUCGUCGUCGCAAUCCGCUAUCUUCAGAUCUUCCAGUGUGAGUUCCGGCUUGGAAUCAGAUGUUUUCCUGCCGACGUUCAAUCCGUUCUCUAACGCGGCUGCGAAAAAACGUCGCCAUCUUAAGCUCGCUAGGAUUUUCGUCCAUUUCAUCCCUUUCGUCGUUAUCUUCUGCGCUGUCGUUCUAUGGUUCUUCUCCGAUCCAGGUUCGCAACUCAACUAGGGAUGAGAAACUUACCCAGAUGGUUCUGGACAAUAGUACUGGAAGAAUCCAAUGAAGACGGCUGGAUAAAUUGCCCCCACAUAAUGGCAGUCACAGGAAGGUUGUCGUGCAGCUGUUGUAGUUCUAGAUAAGGCAUUUCUGUUCUCUCUUUACUGUUCUUUUUCCCAUCAUCUUUAUGACUCAACUUAUAAUGCUAUCUUAUAUAGAAUGCUCUAAUUACUAUUUUGACAUUGAUUCUUCUUAUUAGAUUGAAAAUGGGUUAGGCACUUGGGAGUCGGAGAAUGCUUGGGGGAUAACUCUCAGGUGAAAUGCUUUUUCAAUGAAAAUAACUCUUGGUUAAGUGCUUUUAUUACUUUUGGGAUUUUAAAAGCCCUUUUUGACCGGUAGCCAAAUUUUGAAAAACAAUCCUUAGAAUUGUUUUAGAAACACAUAAGG